GAUGGGGUUGAGGGGUUGGGGGUCGGCAGUGUUUGCCGUGCGUGCGGCGAGCGGUAGCUGGUGGCCGGCGGCAGCGCCUGGUCCCGGGGCGGCGGGUGCCACCAGCCGCCGCCUGUGCGCCGGUGGAGCGCCGAGCCUGUCCUAUCAACAGCUCAAGGACUUGAAGAAGACCAACGUUCUCCACAUAGACGUGCGGGAGAGAUGGGAGAUCGAUAGAUCUGGGAAAAUCCCGGCGUCUAUCAACAUACCGCUGGGUGAAUUAGUAGAAGCUCUACAAAUGGACCCAAUGGAGUUCAAGGAGCGGUACAACCAAAAGAUGCCAUCCAAGUCGGACCCUGUGGUUUUCUCCUGUUUGGCAGGAACCAGAAGUAAACAAGCACUUGGAUUUGCCAUGUCUUUGGGUUUCAGCAGAGUUCAGCAAUAUGGGGGUGGCUUUGAGGACUGGAUAAAACAUGAACCCCCAGAGACAAAAUGAAGAUAACUCCCCCAGCCUUUACUUCAUCAAGGCUUCAGGAUGGUUUGUAGGUUUUGGCAUUCAAGCUACAUUUAUUCCACUCCCACAAUACAGCCCACUCUUCUUUUCUUGUGUAAAUGUAUGCUCAACUUCAAACAGCCAUGCAUCUUAGUUGCUUGGUUUAAAUUAUAUUUAAAGACUGUGACAUAAACAAAGAACAUUGAAUUUGUUCAACCUUUACUUUGAGCUAUGUUUUUUGGUGAAAGUAUGUAAAGAAAACUUAAGAGCUUAUUAUGUUUACUAAUAUUUCUGUAUGAUGUAGCUUAUGGCUGUUUAAACUAAUGAUGAUAAAUAAACUUAGCCUUGCCCAAGUAA